AUGAUAAUUUUCAUAAAUUUUUAUGGAUCAAGAACACUUUAAUUCUUUGCAAUUCUUAAACUAUUUCUUGAUAUCGAAAAUUAAGAAUUAAUUAAAUUUAUAUGGAUAUAUAAAGUAGGCAACCAAAACAAUAAAAUUAUCCAUUCCACAUGA